AUGUUAUAUGGUACAAUAUUAAGUUUAUUAAUUUGUAAUCUCCUUUGUGUAAAUAGUUGGAAAGUCACACAUAAACAUGUCAGCCCACAUUUAACACUUGUCUAUGUACACGGUGGUAAUGAUGCCCGGCUGAGUCAUUAUGAUGCUGUCGAUUUUUGUCGUUUGUUGCCGCGGAUACCGGAUGUAUUAAAUCCAAUAGUGGCAAAAAAUGCUACAGAUAAUGGAGUGAGCUUGAAAGCAUAUUUGGACAGUAUCACCGCGAAUGAGGCGAGUAGUGAUAGUUCUUCGACUACCACAACAACAACUGCUCCUACUCCUUCAACGACUCCUGCCAGUACAACUGCUGCUCCAGCUGCAACUGCUAAGUCUACCACCAGUGGUACUACUUCUACUACUCAUCAUACUACAACAGAAAAAGCUCCAAUUCCAUCUAAUUCUAGUACUUCCACAGUUAGCGGAGUAAGUCAUACACAGAAGAAGAAGGUGAGGAAGAGUACUUAUAGCCGUGGAAGUGGAUCCAGUUCGACUAACUACAUACUUCAUGGUGACUUGCUUUCACUGCAUAGUCCAGCUAUGAUACACACAUUAAUGGGUUGGGCAUUAGCAGUUGAAGCAAGACAAUUUUGGAUUGGUGGAUUAGUGAAAUUAAUUCAGCAUGAAUUCAAUGGUCAAGAUAGACAUUUAAUUCAAACUUGGACUGAUCGAACACCUGUGACAAUACGUUUUCUGCAUCAUUAUAAUCCAGUGGUUAGUCAAUUACAUCCAAAUGAAAUUGCUUGUCUAUCUGUUGACUAUGCCAGUGGUAAAUGGGGUGUACACUAUUGUAGUGAAACAAAAUAUUUUGUAUGUGAAUUAUUGAAAUUACCAAAGAAACAAAGACAAACGGUAACAAAGGAAGGUGAACAACAACAGCAUAGCACUACUACUACAUCUAGCAGAGGACAUCAGAAGACCAGCAAUUAUCUGCGAUCAUCGAAAGGGACUGAUUUGAAUAAAUUAGUCAUGAAUAAGACAGAGAAUGUAACAACAUUGCAAACACCACACGAAUUGGUGAGUACUGUCCAUACCACCGCUAGUACUCCUACUAAUCCACAGUCAUCUACGCCGGGAGCAACAGCAACAACAACAACAAGUACUACUACGUCCACUAAAAAAUAA